AUGAUUCAUCUGCACGGGACGCCCGGGCUGGUUCAGCUGAGGGAGAUAUUCGACGACGAGCUGGCGGUGCAUCUGGUUAUGGAGUUCUGCCAAGGCGGCGACUACUUCGACCACAUCGCGAGGAAGAAGCGACUCUCUGAAGGCGAAGCGGCGCAUAUCUUUAGGCAAGUGGUGGUUUCCGUCAACGCGAUGCACGCUAAAGACUUCGCCCAUCGCGAUCUCAAGCCGGAAAACAUCCUCAUCGCGAAGAGCGCAUCGCACUCAAACGAGGAUGUUGAAGUGAAGAUCGCGGACUUCGGGCUGGCGAUCGCCGUGAAUGAGGGAAAGGGGAUCAAAGGAGUCGUCGGUAGUCCGUUCUAUAUGGCGCCUGAAGUUAUCAAGGGAAAACCCUACGGCGUGGAAGUCGACGUGUGGAGCCUCGGAGUUAUCCUCUACACCAGCCUCGCAGGGGCCGCCCCUGCUCCGCCUGCGUCAACACCUGCGGAUCCGGUUGCGACGAGCGAUGACAGCAAGGCGGAGACGUGUUCCGCCAAGGCAACCGCCGUUACAUCUGGCGCGUCGAUUCCGCAGGAGCCGGAGACUAAGGAGGCCGGGACGGACGCCGUGUCUCUUUUCACUCCGUCGCCGUCCGCUAUCGCCGGCGCGAAUGGCGGUCAUCAGCUGGGACCGUUCGCCUCCGGCGUGGGGUUCUGUUGGCCCGGAAUCUUCAGUCCGCCGGAUAACGCCCGCGGUAGCAUGUGUUUGCCAGAUCAGCAGCAGCAGGCAUCGCCGAUGUCGCCGCGUCUUCCGGCGCAAGUGGGAUUCCCCGAGCUGCAGCCUCUGCCGCCGACGCUCCACUUCGCCUUAGGCUCGGAAUCCGCGUCGACGACGCUACCGCUACCGACGUCAGUGCCGGAUUCGUCGCACGGUUUCGUGACUCCUGGGUCGUCGCAGACAGACGCGUGGGUUUCUGAUGCGGCGCAUCUUGUGACGGCUCCUUCGAUUUCGGACGGCAUCCCUAUUUCACCGUCGCAGCUUUCCUCGGCUGCCACCCUUCCAUCCGUGCCGGAGUCCUUCGCGCUGGAGAUCCACCACAUUGUCGCAGCGUGGGAGGAGCAGGAGGCUGGUGGCGCUGCGUCGCACGGCGACGAUAGCGACGCCGGCGACGGUGAUGGCGACGGCGACGGCGACGGCGACGGCGAAGGUGGAGCUGCAGCAGAUCCGUUGACGGAGGUGGCAGCAGAUGCCGUGUCGAAGAUGGCGGAAGACGCGGUAUCGGAGAUGGGGACGGGGACGCUCGAAGUCCUGUUGGCCGCCGCCUUGGCGUUUGACUGUCCGUCCAGGAGCGGACUGUCUACUUCCGCGUCGCCUGCGUCGUCCGCGUCGCCCGCGUCGUCGCGCUCGUCGUCGUCGUCGUCAGAUGUCAGCGCCGCGUUCAGCCUGGGCAGCAGCAAGCUGUCGUGGACCGGCUUCAACCCCCCCGCGCUCCCCAUGCUGCCGUCCCCCGCUCCGCUGCCUGCUGCCCCCGCGUGGCCGCCAAACACGGAGGUGGCGCCGCUGCGCCAUGAGGUGUCCCUGGAUCCGCACGGGACGCCGGUUUUGGAACAGGCGCGUGUGGAUAGUCCGAGUCCAUCUUCUGGUGGUUCGCUCGUUGCUGCUCCCUGCUCGCUCGCUCCUGGUGCUAGCCCGCAGGGUCGUAGCCCAGGGUCCGUUCUGGAAGGGGUUGGAGCAUCACCGGAGAGCAGUUCACGAGUAGGAGCAGGUUCUGCUGCUGCUGCUGCUGGUGUUGCUGGUGUACUUUGUCCUCCGCUUCCUUCACAGUGUCAGCCUAAUCGUGGUGCUGCUGGCGGUGGUGCAGUGGCUAGGGGCGGAGAGGGACGGAAGGUGCAGUCGGUUGGGUGCAGCAGUGGUGCAGCUCUGUUCUCAGGGCUGCUAGGGCUUGGAGGGAGCUCAGGAGCUGGUGCAGUUGCUCUAGCCAUCAGCAGGAAGCAGAUGAGUGUGGCCGCGCGAAUGUUCUCCCCUGGCAUCGUCUACUCCCGCUCCUCACCUCACGCCCCUACCGCUCUUCCUGCUCCCCCCGACCCGUCUGCUCGUUCCGCUGUUUUCGUCCCCGCACCUUGA